AUGGCGUCCUUCAUGUUCCUGGGCUUCCUCACGCAGCAGAAGCAGCACUACGAGGAGAGGGUGCACGAGGGCAACGACGAGGGGCCCAGGCUGCGCGAGGUGUGGAAGGACAUGGAGACACGUUGCUGGGAGAAGUACCUCGACGAGGUGGAUGACGACCAGAGGGGCACACACCCGUACAUAAUGUUGAAGCACGAG